AGUGUAGAGGAGCCUGCCAGAACAGAGGUGGUGUGGGACAUGUUUGUUUGGUUUGAUCCCUCGAAAGUUUUUGUUGGGUGAGAAAAGUUGAAGGCAGUGGCUGAACUCAGCUGUUUCAAAUCCCAGUUGUGCUCGCCUCUCCACUCGCGUCCCCGCGCCACCCUCCAGGCCAGAAAAUGCACCCGUGAAGGCCCCGGCGGCCUCAUUUAACCCCCUCAUAAUGCCCAAAGUGAAGUCCGGGAGGAUGUACGGAAGCUGCUUUCCGGACUAUGAGUUGAGGCGGAGGGAGGCGGGUCUGAGGGCCACCCUAGGCUGGGAGUCUGGCAUCAGGCGCUCCCUCUACUCCUCCAUGAUCCCCUGCACCUCCUGGGACCCCAGGGAGAACGAUCCCAAGACUGGGUUCAUCGGCCAUGGUGGCGUCUUCAACCUUGAGUUCUCCCCCGAUGGGAGCCACCUGGUCGCUGCUUGUGAGCAGCGGGCAGUCAUGGUCUUUGACCCAUUGUCAAGACGCCAGAUCCAUCAUAUACCACACGCCCAUGAUAAUUGUGUUAAUUGUAUUAAGUUCUUAGACUCGCGAGUAUUUGCAUCAUGUAGUGACGAUCACACGGUAGCGCUGUGGGACGUUCGCAAUCUCAAGAGGCGGAUCCGUCUUCUACAAGGACACAGCAAUUGGGUCAAAAACAUAGAGUACUCUGCAGCUGAUGGGAUCCUGGUCACCUCGGGCUUCGACGGGAAAAUUUUAGGAUGGGAUAUUAAUGGGUACACGGAGGAAGGGUUGCUGUCAACGGAGCUGUUCAAGAUGCAGGGGCUAAUGAGAAUGCGUCUGAGCCCUGACUGCAGUAAACUAGUCAUGUGCACCACCGGUGGCUACAUGGUACUGGUGCACAAUCUUAGCCUGGAACACCUCUCUCAAGAUCUCCAGGAUUUCAAGCCAAACAUGUACCGUCUGAUGCAGCUAUCCAACACUCCGCUCCCUCAAGCGGCCAUGUUCACACACCUUUUCUAUGCUCAGCGAAACCGAAUUGAAUUCAUCUCCGACUUUCCCCCCUCCAAUGAAGCCGAAGUGAUCCAUUCUUUGCAAGUGCAUCCUCAGGGUUGGUGUGUCCUCUCUCGUAACACAUCUAUGGAAGAUUCUUCUGAGUGGAGCUGUGUCCAUGACAUUCAGGAACUAGGAGUAACAGCUUGUAAAGACGAAGAUGAAGAUGAACACAAGCACGACGAUAUUGAACCCUAUGAUGACAUUCCUUCAACUAGUGAACCAGAAGUGCAGAUAUCAUCAACUCAGAAUAGGCAGAUGAGUGGUGGAAGUAGCAAUAGCAGUAGUAGUAGUAGUAGUACUGGGAGUGAAGGAGGUGGUGGAAGUGGAAAUCUUCAUCUCUCCUUAACAUUCAGCCCCAGAGUGGAAAUUAUGUUAAGACACAGUCCUAGAGAUGAGGGUGAUGAUGGUGGUGGUGGGGAUAGUGGUAGUGAAGGUGGAGGUGGUGGUGAAGGAGGAGUAAGAAGUGGAAGCGCUGGUGGAGCUGGCGGAGGGGGAAGUGGUGGUUCUUAUGGAGCUGGUGCAAGCGGAAAUGGUGGUGUUGGUGUUGUCGAUGGUGCAGGCAUUGCUGUGGGUGCAGGUGGUGGAGGAGGAGGGGGAGGCGGAGGAGGAAUUGAUAUACAGUUUAGAUUCACCUCUAUGGACGUGUUCGAGGCUUUGGAACAUAUACGUGAACGUCGUGAAGAGCAGAGACUUCGACAAGGAAGGCAUCAACGCUCCACUAGAGAAGAAGGGGAAGGCUCCUCGGGGAGUGGGCCCGGGGAGGGGUCUUCCUCUACCUUACAACGUAUUGGUCGCAACAGGACGUUUAGUAUUCGCAGCAGGAGAGAACUAGACUCGAGAGAAAAUUCAGGUUCAGAGAGAACUGCUGGUAAUGCCUUUGACUCUCGAAAUGCAUUUUAUAUUAGAACUGGAUCAGGUAAUCACAGAGCAAUUUUGUUACUUCGUCCUGGACAGAACUAUCCACGAUACUAUCGCACUGUAGACCCGAACCACAAGAUUGCUAAAAAUAUACCACGUUUGACUCACUAUAUUGAAGAACCAAAUGUUGGCCGAGGUUUUAUCAAAGAAUUGUGCUUUAAUUCCGAUGGCCGGCUAAUAUGCUCCCCUUAUGCUCAUGGUGUGCGGCUGAUGAUGUUUGAUCAGAACUGCUCAGAGCUUUCUACGUGUGUUAAAGAUACCCCUCAGACUCUUUAUGAUGUGUCAACUAGUAAUUGUCAUUCAAACUGUGUUGUUAGUACCAAAUUUUCCCCUACGCACUGCCUUCUAGUCUCGGGUUGUCUUAAUGGCAAGAUUGUGUGGCACCAACCUGUUCUCUAGUGCAGAUAAAGAGUGAAUUAAAUGUGAUUAGUGUUUGUCUGUCACAGCUUGGACACAUUGUGCAGCUGCCACGUCAGUUUGUGUUUUCCUACCUAAAGUGAAAAUAUACGGUAUAGUGUUUUGGAAACCUAGUGAGCCAGUGCUACUGAAUAAUAAAAGAAGUGAAAUGGGAUUUUACACCUCACCUGACAGGCAAUCCUGUAUUCACAUCCAAAAGAUGCCCACGAAGCUUUGGGAUAAUUAAUAAUUUGCAGAUUGUGACUAUAAAACUGUUUAUAUUGCCACACUUAGUCAAUUAUUUUUAGAAGUAACUUUUUAUAGUAGUUGCUUUUCAUCCAGUCUUCCUUAUUUGAAGCAGGCAGCAGUAUUUACAGUGUUGGUUUUGUGUGUUAGUAAAUGGAAAACUUGUGUGAGAUUAUGCUAGUUUGUCUUAAAUACUUCAAAUUUUGCCCCAUUUAAUAAGCAUCAUGUUCUACUGUGGUCCAUCAGCCUGUGAUGGUAUUUACAAGUUUUAUUUUUAAUGUAACUCAUAAGGAUUGCUAGAGAGUGUGUGAACGUGCAAAAUCUACAUUAAACUGUUGUACAGUAUUUGGUUUGUUCAUUUGUAAUUUGACACAUCAGAGUACAGUUAGUUGUAUAUUGUAGGAAGUGUAUGGCUUAACUCAGAUUCCUGGAUAUGUAAUUGUCUAUCAUACGUUUAUUCUUAUUUAGAUUCAAUUAUAUGUUUAUAUUGUUUUAUUUUA